AUGGCCUUAGAAGCUAAGGUCAAGCCGAUGUUUAUAUUUUUAAUGGAAACUAAAGUUCGUCGUGAUCAUGCUGAACGACUGAAAAAUAAAUUAAAUUUUGAAGGCCUCUUCUAUGUGGAUGGUGGUGGAGUUGGCGGAGGUUUAGCUUUAUUUUGGAGAGACAAAGAUGUUGCUAAGUUAAUAAGUUACUCUAAAAAUCAUAUUGAUAUUCAAGUGCGGCUGCCUAGCAGCAAUGCUUGGAGAUUAACGUGUUUUUAUGGUUUUCCAGAACGUAAUUGCCGUCAACAGUCUUGGGAUCUCUUGCGAUCUCUUCACUCUAAAUCAGACUUACCAUGGCUUGUUGCUGGUGAUUUUAAUGAUAUUGCAGCCCAAUGUGAAAAACGUGGUUUACAUUCCCAUCCUGUGGCUCUUAUUGAAGGGUUUAAUAACAUGCUUGAAGAUUGCGGUCUUUUUGAUCUUGGUAUGAGUGGUCGAAAAUUUACGUGGGAAAGAGGCAAGGGGACUGACAGUUGGGUGGAGGAGCGACUAGACAGAGCUGUAGCGGGGGCCGACUGGUGCUCUCUAUUUCCUCAGGCUACGGUCUCUAAUCAUGAUGUUAUUACGUCCGAUCAUACUGCCAUAUUCAUUGAGAUAGAUGGUCCUGCUAUUGUGAGACAAAAACGCAGAUUUAUGUUUGAAAAUGCUUGGAUUAAAGAGUCAGGCUGUAAGGACAUAGUACUGAGAGCUUGGACGGCGUCUGUAGGAGAACCCCUCCCUCGAAGGCUUGAGCAUUGUGGUGACUCUCUUAAACGUUGGGGAGGUGGCUUUGUGAAACAAACUGAGAAGGAGAUUGCAUGGAUUCAGUCUCGACUGAAUGGUCUGCGAUAUAGGCGAGAUGAGGUGUCUCUGCGUUGUUUUCGUGACUUAGAUGCAAGAAUGAGAACUUUAUAUGAUGAGUUGAAUAUUUUUUGGCGUCAAAGGGCUAAGCAGCACUGGUUAGCGAAGGGUGACAGAAACACGAAAUUUUUCCAUUUGUAUGCAUCCAUCCGAAGAAGGAAAAAUCGGAUUGUUCGCCUUCGUGACGAAACCGGUCAGUGGAUCGAUGGAGGUGGUUUAAUGGGCUUGGCAAAGCGAUAUUUUGAAAAUAUAUUCACAGCCAAAGGGGUUAGUUUACUGGAUUCUUUGAAUACUUUUGUUCCUAAAGUUUCUGAGGUGGAUAAUGACGUUCUUAUGCAACCGUUUACUAAUGAUGAUGUUAAGGAGGCUCUCUUUAGCAUGGCCCCGGAUAAAUCCCCGGGGCCGGAUGGUUAUAGUCCUGCAUUUUUUCAGCAUUUUUGGAGUGAGAUUGGUAGUGAUGUCUCCCGCUUCGUCUUGGAUUGCAUGAAUGAGGGUGAAUUCCCAGUUGGUAUGAAUGAUGCUAUAAUAACACUGGUCCCUAAAAUUGCUGCUCCUGCUUCUAUGCGUGAACUACGACCGAUUGCUUUAUGCAAUGUAGUUUAUAAAAUUCUCUCUAAAAUGUUGGCGAACAGAAUGAAGGAUGUUCUUGAGAAGAUAAUCUCGGCCUCGCAAAGUGCCUUCCUUCCAGGGCGACUCAUAACAGAUAAUGUGCUCAUCGCCUCAGAAGUGAUUCACUACCUGAACCGAAAGCGUGAAGGGCGAGAUGGUUGGUGUGCUUUAAAGUUAGACAUGGCGAAAGCCUAUGAUAAAAUGGAAUGGCCAUUCUUGAAUGAAAUCAUGUGUCGUAUGGGCUUUCAUCCUCGUUGGAUUAAUUUGAUUAUGCGGUGUGUCAGCACGGUUCGCUAUAAGGUGGGAGUUAAUGGUGAGCUUUCGGAUUUCAUUGUUCCUUCUUGUGGAUUGAGGCAAGGGGACCCCCUGUCUCCUUAUCUAUUUAUUCUUUGUGCCGAGGGUCUUUCACAUUUAUUAACUGAGGCAGUUCGUAAUAGAGCUAUUUCACUAUGUGUUGUAGCAAGAGGUGCUCCUGGAAUAUCACACUUAUUUUUUGCCGAUGACAGCCUGUUAUUCUUUAAGGCUACGGUUCCAGAAGCUGAAGCAGUUAAAAGCUGCUUGGUCACCUAUGAGCGUUUAUCGGGUCAAUCGGUAAACUUCUCUAAGUCUUGUAUUAUCUUCAGCAGGAACACAGGAGAGGUCCAAAGGGAUGCAGUGGCUUCCGUAUUUAAUGUAAGUCAGGCUGGUAAUAUUGGAAAAUACCUGGGCUUACCGAUGGGAAUCGGCCGGAAUAAGAAGGAAGUAUUUUCAUUUAUUGAAGCCAAACUUAAUCAUCGGUUGGGUGGAUGGCACAAAAAGGUACUCUCACGAGCGGGGAAGGAGGUUUUACUAAAAAGUGUUGCUCAAGCCCUUCCCACAUAUACCAUGAGCAUAUACUAUCUCCCUGUUACCUUAUGUGAGCGAAUUGAGAGGUCUAUGAAUAAGUUUUGGUGGGCUUCUAAUGGCAAUCGUGGUGGCGGCAUAAGGUGGAUGUCCUGGACGAGAAUGUGUGAGUCGAAGGUGAAUGGAGGCAUGGGUUUUAAGUCGCUGAGUCGUUUUAAUAUUGCACUUCUCGCCAAGCAAGGAUGGCGCUUGCUCACUAACCCAUCUUCUUUGGCUGCUUUGCUUUAUAAAGCUAGAUACUAUCCAAAUGGUGACUUCUUGGAUGCUAUGAUUGGGACGAACCCGAGCUAUUGUUGGCGAUCCAUACUUGCAGGCCAAAAUUUGCUCCGAAAUGGGUGUUUUAAGCGCAUAGGUAAUGGCAAAGCAACUCUCAUUUGGAAACACCCCUGGUUACCAAAUGACGAUGAUCCUUUUAUCCAUUCUCCCAUCCUGCAGCAUGAUCCUAAUAUGCCAGUAAGUGGUUUAAUUAAUCAAGCUACGAAAGAUUGGGAUAUGAAUGUGUUGAACACUAUUUUUGAACCCCGGGAUGUGAAUCUCAUUACAAAAAUUCCGGUUACAUUGCAGUUCGACGAUCAAUGGUGUUGGAGAGGUGAUACUAGGGGUCUCUACUCUGUCAGGCAUGGUUAUCGUAUUAUGUCUGAGCUACAUAACCACAAUAUCUUGCAUUCUGCUACUUGGCGUAACCUCUGGAAAAUGAAAAUACCUCCAAACAUUCAAAACUUUCUGUGGCGUUGCUAUCAUGGAGUCCUUCCUACCAUGAAUUUUCUGUGGCGUUGCUAUCAUGGAGUCCUUCCUACCAUGAAUGCUCUGUGGCGUUGCUAUCAUGGAGUCCUUCCUACCAUGAAUGCUCUUUCAGCGAGACAUGUCGAGGUUGAUGAUCUAUGCCCUCUGUGUCGUCUCAAUCCUGAAUCCCUUGGACAUUUAUUUUAUGGUUGUAUGCAUGUUGCUCCUCUUUGGAAUGAUUUUAUAGACUACCCACUCCCUGGAGCUACUGCUGAUUUCAUGACCUGGUUUUCUAAUUUGUUUGUGAAUGGCUCUCUAGUCAUGACCUGGUUUUCUAAUUUGUUUGUGAAUGGCUCUCUAGAAGUAAGGUUGAAAUUUGCUGCUCUUUGCUGGUGUAUAUGGCAUGGAAGGAAUGAUCUUGUAUGGAAUCAAACUCCCUGGCAACCAUCUAAAAUUAAACUUGUAUGGAAUCAAACUCCCUGGCAACCAUCUAAAAUUAAAUUGGAGGUAAUUCACUUACUUAAUUCUUGGCAGGAGUUGGGUGAGAGAAAUAUUAGUAACAAUAUGCAUGGAUUCACAUUGAGUAAUGCUGCUAGUCCUACGGCUGAUGUAGCUUUGAUCUAUGUGGAUGCUGCAGUAUUUCCUGAAACAGAUCAAGCUAGUUAUGGUGUGAUUAUUUUGGAUAAUAACGAUGGUUUUGUUGCGGCAAAAAGUGGCCCGAUUAGAUGCUUGAAUGAUGCACAUUUAGCGGAGGCAAUUGCAAUUAAGGAAGCUUUAUCUUGGGCUAAGGAAAAAGGCAUUCGUCGGCUGAAGGUUUAUUCUGAUUGUCAAGCGGUGUGCAACUUGUUUAAUGGUACUUUGCCGGACUUCUCCUUUGCAGGUUGUACUAUUAACGAAUGUCGAGAACUUAAACGACACUUUGAGUUUGUGUCUAUUCAGUUUAUCUCUAGAUCAGUGAACAAACCCGCUCAUGUGUUAGCUAGGGCGGCCCGUUCGCAAACUGGUCCUCAUUGUUGGAUUUCUUCUUUACCAUCUUGUAUUCAAACUUUGAUUUAA